GCGAAAGAGAGGUCAAAUUGAGCCCUCUCUCCUUCGGGACUUGCUGCUCCUCCCCGAAAAAUGUAUAAGAACCAGCUGCAAGAGCUGGCGCAGAGGAGCUGCUUCAAUUUACCGUCUUAUACGUGUAUAAGAGAAGGUCCGGAUCACGCGCCGCGUUUCAAGGCUACCGUUAACUUUAAUGGCGAGACGUUUGAGAGUCCACACUACUGCUCCACGCUUCGUCAGGCGGAGCACUCCGCCGCGGAGAUGGCUCUUAACGCGCUUGCUGGCCGUGGACCUUCCAACUCCUUAGCCGCCAGAAUUCUGGAUGAGACAGGUGUAUAUAAGAAUCUCUUGCAGGAGGUUUCUCAAAGAGUAGGAGCAUCAUUGCCAGUUUACGAAACUUUUAGAUCAGGCCUGGGACACCUACCUGUAUUUACAUGCACUGUAGAGUUGGCAGGAAUAAUAUUUACUGGUGAACCGGCUAAGAAUAAGAAGCAAGCUGAAAAGAAUGCAGCCAUGGCAGCUUGGACAUCUCUGAAAUUAAUGGUGCAGCAGUCUGAGAUUUCAACUUCAGAAAAGGCGAAGAAUGACGAGCAGGAGCAUGUAACUGUAGCACGGGCCUUGCAGAAGUACCUUUUUAAGGCAAGGUUGGCAAAAGAAACAUUUCCAAUUAGAUUUCCAACACAGAACACGAAACCUCCAACUUCAAUGCAGCCUCCAGCUACAUCAUCCAAAAUCCUUCCCUUUAUAUGUCCAAGACCAGCCCGCAAUAGAGCUGUCAUGGCAGCUGCAAACUCCAGUUCAAUAAGCUCGAAAAUAUCUCCUCAAAGCAGAUCCCCUAUGGGGAUCGUAAAUGAGAUGGUGAUCUGUCCUAAGACAACUCAAGGCCAGCCAUCAAGUCCUGCUGUUAAUAAUAAUCUCUCACUACCCACAGAGAGCCAUUGGUACAGGUGUCAAAAGUUCCCUGCAGCUGGAGCAGCACCCUACAUUCCCAUCCGACAUUUUAGCCCUCACCAGAGAAUUGCACCACCAGUAACUAUUCGCAAUGCAAUUCCUGUUUACUCUUCGCCACCAAUUCCCCCACCUUCUCAAUCUCCUCGGCUGAUGAGGCCUCCAACAUCAGGUAUGGCUCCGCCUGUUUGCCUAAGGCAGGCAAUUCCCAGUUACUCUGCUCCACCUGUUCGGCUGGAGCAGUUAUCCUUGUUAGAUUCAGCCAUUCAGGAGGAGCCACCAUUUCCCAAACCUCCAGUUAUUAAAUUUGAGGAGCCAUUAGGUUCUAAAGUUCCCCAAACUCAGAUAGAGAACACGAUAAGUGCCAAGGCAAUUUCCGGUGUAGUUCAGGAGCCAAUGCUUUCUAAAGCUCCAGCUAUUCCUGUUGAGGUGCCGUCAGGCUCUAGCAUCAAACCAAGUUCUGAAGUUUUGCCAGUUCGAGUUGAGUUACCAGUUCUAAAGGUAUCUGUUGGUUCUCCAGCCUGCUCAACACCUUAGACGGGACCUGGAAUGCAGAAACCAGAAAGCUGUGCUGGAGAUUAAUGGGGACUGGGGGCUUUGAAAUAGCUUUAAAGUCAGCCAGAAGUCAUGCAGAACCGUAGUGUUUGUACUGGGUGGAAUUCUAUAAGUUUUUAAAGUAGAUUUCAGUUUCUAGUGUUUUAUUUUUCCUCCCGUGUAGGAAUAGCAGUGGUUUGCGUUAAUUACUAAGUGCUGUUUUGGAUAAUCUUUAUUAAAGUGUUUGAGCAGUUUGAUAUCAUGGAUCUUUAAAUUAGUCACUUGUUUGGUCUUUUGGACAUGACCUGACGAUA